UUUAUGCGAGUCGUUCUUGGCGUACUGUCAGAUGGAAUUAUGCUAAUUUAACAACAUAGUUGUCAAUUUUCUUUUUUUUCUUAUAUUAUGCUUGGUUCUUACUUUCAAUGAAUUUGUUUGAAAAAUAUUUAAAAUAUCAUUUCUUCGACCCGUAUAGUGAACAAAAAUUAUGAUAAUGCAUCGACGACUUUCGAAGAAACGUUUAUGCGAAAGUGUUUACAAGUGUUUCCUUCGUCAUACUCUCAAACGUUUUGUCAAAACAUCGUCGGUUUCUAGUGGUACAGGAAUUGACUCGAAGGAAGAUAUUAUCAGUUUUAAUGAUGGCAAAAGUGCAUACAGAAGUAAAACAACGUUUGAGAUCUUUCGUGCACUGCUUGUGUUCAGAUUAUGUUCCUUUAACUUCUUGGUGGAUAAUAAUCUUAAGUUAAUGAAAUUUGGAAAGAAAUUGCUUGGCAUUCGGUUAUUUGAUGGCUUGAUGAAAGCAACCUUUUAUGGGCAUUUUGUUGGAGGAGCAGACCAGGCAUCCUUGAAACCGGUGGUUGAAAAAUUGAAUAAGUUUGGUGUGGGAGCAAUUCUUGAUUACUCUGUUGAGGAAGAUAUUGAUGGAGAUGUCAUGAGUGAAAAUAAUAGAAACACAAACAAUUGUUCUAAAGACUCCCUGAAAGCCUACGGCGAGGAGGCCACAAAGCACUUUCAAGUGAACAAAAAUUUUAUGGACAGACGAGAGAACGUUGUCAGCGCUAGGACGUAUUUUUAUGAAGAUGAACACAAGUGUGAUGCUCAUUUGGAGACUUUCUUACAAGGCAUCGAUGCCGUUGGUUAUGCCAGUGACAAUGGAUUUGCAGCAAUUAAACUGACUGCACUUGGAAGACCGCAGUUAUUGGUGAACAAUUUAGAAUUUUCAAUUUUUCGUUGAAACAAAGCAUGCAUUUUUCCGUGUUGUGCAUAUACGACAAAGUAUCGUAAUUGGAUACAUAGACUGUAAAACAUAUCGA